AUGUCGAUGAAAAGUAAAAUUAAAUCAUUUUUUGGUGCAAACAGACAAUACGCAGUUGCUGGAGCAUCAAAUAAUCCAUCAAAAUUUGGAUAUAAAAUAUUAAAUUGGUAUAUCAAGCAUAAUUUAUCAGCAAUACCAAUUAAUCCAAAAGAAAAAGAAAUAUUAAAUCAACCAGUUAUAUCAAAUGUAAAAACAAUUAUUCAAGCAAUUGAAAAUCAUAAAGAUCUUGAUAGUUAUAAAACUUCAAAAGUUGAUGGUUUAAGUAUUUCAUUUUUAACUCCUCCUUCUGUUACUGUGGCUACUUUGAAAGAAAUUGAAAGUGUUGAAGGUUAUAAAAAUAUUAUUAAAGGUUUAUGGUUUCAACCUGGAAGUUAUGAUCAAGAAGUUUUGAAAUUAGCUGAUAGUUUAGGAGAAUUUGAUAAAGUAAUUGAAGAAGAUGAAUGUAUUUUAGUUAGAGGUGAAGAAGGUUUAUUAUCAGCUAAUUUAUAG